UGGGUAUAUUUAAAUAUUGGAAGUGCCCGUCCGUAUCGCUAAUCAAUCGUCAUGGUUUAUAAGCACAUGAAGAGCAUUGAUUUUCUUUAAAAGCACUCCAUAUUAUUUUGUUUGUAUGGCUGUUAUUAGUUUAUCGAAGUAUUCUACCGUGUCCUAUAAAUCUACUCAACACUUGGCUGCCUAUCAGGCGCAUGCGUGAUUAUAUUUUACAUUAUUUUUCGCAGUGACACGGUAGGCUAUCAUUUUGAAGUGUGGGUUGAAACGGGAUAUAUAGUUAAACACUUUGCAAACUAGAAUUCAGGGAAUUUUCUAUUUAUACAUUUUCUAUUUAACAUAUGUAUUAUUGACUUAUUUGUGAUUAUAAGUGACGCAGUAGGCUAUCAUUUUGAAGUGUGGGUUGAAACGGGAAACAUAGUUAAACACUUUGCAAACUAGAAUACAGUUUAUAGGUAAAUAGAAGGGAGGUGACUUUCUACCAGGUUUAAAUUGAUGAACACUGCUUGAUACCCCAUGAAGUACCAACAUAAUCUAGGGACCUAUUACAAAAAAUGCUGAGACCUGGAAGAAAGUUUCCUGAAAAUCAAAGGUCAAUACAGGCGCUUCUGGCUCUUCAAAUUAUAAACGAACCGAUUUGCAACAUUGUAGAAAGGCAAUUCGAGACGCUACGAUUACUGUGGCUAAAGGAUGCAGAACUCAAAGGCUCUCCGUGUGUAUCGUGCGAGACACAGAACUUAGUUCAAUGUCCAACUAAGAGCAUCUGUUAUGGAACUCCAUGCAUAUACCACGAUACACCGGAACGCCAAACACGAGCAUGCCAAAGUUUAAGUAAGUCGUGUGAAUAUUUUAAAACUCAGAUUAUAAACAGUCACCGAUCAAGAACACCCAACUGGCGAAGGACCGAUGCAAAAUUAUGGUCCAAAAAUGCAACUGAAAUUGCAAAAUGUUUCCUUCCGCAAUUGAAAGGGAAGAAGACUUAUAGCGCAGGUGAUGUCAUCGAUAGCUUAAGCCUUCUUCAUAUCCUUAGAAACUGCACACAUUUUCAAGACUAUUUCUCAUUUGACGUCACUGGAAACAAAAACGUCUUGAGUCAGACGAUCAAGAUUGUGCGUAAAGUUCAAUAUUCAUUAGCCGUGAAAAUAAGCAAAAAUCAAUUAGAUUGUUUGUUCAGAUGUCUACGCAUGCUUUUGAAAGAUGGAAAGUACCUAGGCCACGACUUUAUGGCCCUUUGCGCGUUGGGACAGCUCGAAACGAUUGAGAAAGAAAAGAUGAAUACAAACUGGAUAUAUGAAAGAUCACUUUUGUUUCACCCUCAACGCGAAACAAAGAGUGUGAGUGCCUUCACAACUGCUGUUAAAAGGCUCAAAAGUGAUCCUUCCUUGAAUUCAAGACCUAAUUCUGCUACGAUUGGGUUAGAGAAGCAAUCCGAACAAUUGUUUUAUCAUUGUACAAGUCACACAGAAAACCAGCAAGCGUAUGAAUACUGUAUGAAGAGAAUUCAAAUGGCACUCUCAAAAUGGUCCUGCACGGAAAAGGUUUACAAUGGCAAAUUUGAGCUCUUUGCAUCCAAAGUUGAAUAUCUCGAGACAUUGCUUGGCAAUUCCUGUCAUACAGAACGAAAGGCUGUUUCAGAUAUAUUACGUACUGUUGGUUCGCCCGUCCUUCUUAUUGUUUCUUCGUCUGAUCAAGACAAAGUUGAAAGAUUUUGCAAUCAGAUCACUGGCUACGAAGAAGAAAGGAAAAAUGUAUGCGUUGCAAUAGUUAGUGAUAGGAAUCCAUUGGAUGAACCACACACGGUUCAAACGAGCUGGGGCUUUUUGCGAAGAUGUUCAUAUAUCAGUACUCUAAGAGCUGAUGUUGACGAGCUUUUCGAAAGUUUUAUUUUUAACAUUUACGAGACAAACCUUCAUCUGUAUUUUAAGCGGAAAGACGUCACAGAAAGGAUUGAACAAGAAAUGAUAAAUGAAGCAUUGACGUUGUUCAAAAGAUUCAAGAUAGAAAUACCCCCAUGGCUAGAGGAGUUUGGGAGAAGACUUCAAGAUAAAGAAAGUACAAGGAGACUUGUAUCUUCCUUCACUCCAGCUUUAAGGAGAUUUAGAGACCUGCCGUUUGUGUUUGAUUGUGUGCCGAGAACAGACCACAUGGUUAUAAAAUUGAUGGAGACGGAAGUAGAUGAAGAAAAAUCACAGCAUGCACGAAAUGUAAAGAAAAUCUUGAAUGAGUGUAAGCUUUCUGAGGAACAAUAUCGGAUAACAUUUGUGACAGUUACAAAAUACGCCGACUACAAGUACAAAAGUGGCGACGAAGUUCAAGUAAAGGACAGAACAGGUACAAUGAGCGGAUUUGCAAAGAUGAAUGAUUCCAAAAAGGACGAACUUGUUGCAAUAUUUUCAAACCAUGUAGCCGAAGAAACUAAUCCUGAAUCAAAAACAUUCUCAACAACGUUAAACAUGCAGAAGGACAAUGUGGGAGAAAUCCUUCUCAGGCCAAAGGGAGAUCUUAAGGCGGACGUUGCCAUUGCCAAAAUACACCCAUGCAAAGUGUCUGAUUGUGAUAAGAAAUUUAGGGAUGAAAAAGGUAAACGACUUUACGCAGUCCCUUUGACAGAAGCGGAGUUGGAUGACAGUACGUACGAACGAGUUCACUUCUGGGGCGCUAAGACUAAACCAGGCAUCGGGCAAAUUCAAGAAGUUGGGGUGUUGCAUGAAGGUGGAAGAAAUCACAUAUAUAUAAACGGCACUUCGGAGAAUUGCAACGAUUGGCAGAAAGGUGAUAGCGGUGCCAUGAUUCUCAAAGAAAAACACAGAAGUGAAUCAACUCUUAAAGCAGUCGGAACGUUUAUGGGACAGACCUGUGAUGAGGACGAAGGCCAAAAGUAUAUUGCAACACCUCUACAUCUUGGCUUGGCUGUCCUAUCUGAAACUUAUAACGCAACAUUUUCUCUUUUUGGAAAAGACGCAGAAGAUCACGAAAACAGUCCUUGAGAUCAGUUUUGUAUCUUGAUGACAGUUCAAAUAGUGGUAAUGGUAUAAACAUGGUUUUACCAGUUCAUGUUUGAUACAUGAGUUCGUUUCCUUAUCUUUAUUUUACAUUUGUUAUAAUUAUUUUAAAUUGCAUAAUAAUGAGGACCUUGUCCCAAUUUCACGAAAUUACUUAAGUCAAAUCUCAAUCUCAAUCUCAACUGAUAUAACCACAUGAAAACAUAGUAUUAUUAAAAAUCUUUCAUGUUUUAUUCUUUUUGAAAACGUACUUUCUCAUGGGAUGUGUUACUGAAAGAUUUUGACAAUAUUUCAAAGAAAUCUUAUUCUAGAGCAAAACGUAUACUUGAGUAAUUGAUACAAGGCAAUGAAUUAUACUCAAGUACAUUUUUGGCUGUUUAUUUUUUUUCCAUUGGAAUCUAGACCAAAGGUUUCAAUCAACAUAAUUAAUGAUACAAUGCGGUAUAAAAAUGUGUAAAAACAAAUAUAUAUUUUCAAUAUGUUUAAUGAAAUAUGGUAAAAUGAGUUGAGAUUGAGUUUGAGAUUUGACUUAAGUAUUUUUCGUGAUAUUGGGACCUGUUAUCUGUUAAGAUAACGGAGUUUGUACAUCGGAUUGAGGUUACGAUGUUCAGUUUGACUAGAUUUUCUCCAUUAUAAGGAAGACUUUGUCAUUGUUAAAUUGUUUAUGAUAUUAUUUAUUUGAGAUCAAAAUACUAACUAAAAUGAUGUUCCCAAUCAUGGUUUUUGUAUCAUGAAACGUUGAGUAGUUGUGACUGUUUGUUAGAAUUGUGAACUUAGAAUGUUCAUAAUGUUUUUGUGUUUGUGUAGGACACAGCGACGUCGGCUUAAAUUGGUAUAAGAUCAAAUUCCAUUAUUGAGUUUCAACUAUUCAUUAAUCUGAUACUCGUAAUGACAUAACUCAUAUGACAUGUUCGACCUCAUAUUGAUGAUCUCUAACUAUAUAGCUACAUAAACGUACAGUUCCGUUACACUGUGUGAACUCAUUUUUGUUUGAUCCCAUACGUAUAAUAAUGUACAGCGCCGAAACUCACAACGGGUUUUGGUCUAACCCUAGUAUGAGUACUGACCUUGAAGCAGGUAGCAUCAUAAAUGCAAACUUGAUAUGUUGAUGUACGUGAUUUUGCUUUUGUUGUUUAAUAUUUGGUGAAAUAUCCUAACCUGAUCUCGUCUUAUAUGACAAUAUGUUAUGUAUUACAUGUGCAUGAUUCAAUUUGAA